AUGGAUCCGCAAAGUGUGGCCUUUGUUCCGCACAGCGACUCCUGGCGCCUGUGCAACGACUUGCUGCGACUGCAGCAGGUCCAGCAAGACCACACCGACCGUCUUCUACGUCUUGAGCGCCGCCAGGACGACGACGCCAGGAUGAAGUCGGUCUGGGGUGCCUCCUCUCCCUUUCCUAGCGUCCUGAGUGGUACUCCUCAGCAGACUCCCAUCCACCACCUCAAGGACUUUGACGAUGAACCUGUCAACCUGAUUGGCAGCCUUCACCUGGACCCGGAUGAAGAGCCUCGUCGCACUGGUGCAACUUCUCGUGCCAACAGCGUGCGCUUUGAUGAAUCUGCCAACCAAGGCCACUGGGCCCAUGCCUCACGAUCCUCGAUUGAUUUCCUUCCGCGCAGCACAAGCAGUUUGGCUGGACUCGGCAUGACCGAAAGAACUUCAUCUCACAAAUCUGACGGCCGUGCCAGCUCAGUACAUUCAGUCAGGUCCGCUGCCUCGGGUCGUGCCAGUAGCAUCAACCUAGACACGGGCUAUGCCUCUCCUGUUGACACACCAGCCAUCGCUCCUGGCCUACUAAUUCUGGGCCCUGUGCCGGCCAUUGUACGUUGUUGGGUGAACAGAAACUUCAAGCAUGACGCCUUGCUGUAUGCUGCCGUGUCCACCGCUUCUUAUAGGUCUCAAAUUGACGAGCGUCUGGUCCAGCAUCUAGGACUGGAGGACUGCAUAGUGGAGAGCGCUUCUGGCGCGAGGUCACUUGCUCUGUCUGUCUACUUUGCCGAGGCCAUUCCACAUCCCAUCUCAACAAGGUCAAGUAGUCCAGCGCCACAGGUUCCUUCAGUCACAGUCGACUUCAGCAUAGUCGUCCCUACGCAAUCAGAUCUUGACUCCAAAGCCAUCCAGAUCGUUCUCGGCAGCGAUGUGCUUCGAUCACAUAGUGCUGACAUUUUAUUUUCAUCCAACAGCAUGACUCUCCUUGACGACGACCAAUGCAAAUUAUCCAUUCCUUUGGUUCGCCCUGAGAAUGAGAACACCUUCAACUCGUUGUUCAUCUCCUCUUUGCAGCCCACGAAGCCCCGAGAGGUGAUGCCUGAAGAACAGUCUCAACUUAAUGGACUUGGUCAGACGGAACCAAACACGCCAUCACAUGAAUUGAUGUUUGACGAUGAACCUCUACAACCAACCACCCACACUAUUGAGAAACCAAUCGAAAAACCAGUGGCUGAAGAAGACGUCAGCAAUAACAGGCUACAACCAUCUGCUUCCAAAAACUAUUCGACUAGAGAACAAGGAUAUGAGCUCCACACAGGGCCCACCAGCUGCACCGCCGACUGCCUCUCCCUCUAUAUGGAGCAAUUGGCGUCGCGAAACAUCGAGCCAAAGCAACAAUCCCGAAGCGGGAGGUACUGCAUCCAAAAUCAAGGACAGCGGCUAUCAAAGACGAGAUGCCGGCAUAAAGGUUUUGAGGCCAACGAGAAGCAGUGGGCGUACAUUCUCAAGUGGAUCGGUAGCAUCAUCGCCCGCUGGAGAAGGAAGAUCGCGUUACUUCGAUGA